AAUACACAGAAAAGAAAAAAAAAACAAAAAAAAAAAAUAAAUAAAUCGAAUAUUAACCCCUUAAAAAACAAAAGAAAAAAGAGACAAAAAGUACAGAAGAAGAGACAAAAACAAUAAACAAGUAGAAUUGUGCAUAAAAAAGGGGGGCUUGUUUAUAAUAAAAGUGAGUUUGGCAAAUAGUUGUUGGUGCAGUAGCUGCAAUUUAUACGAUAUUGUUUUUGUUUUGUUUCAUUUCUCGUUUUCUUCUUCGUUGGAGUCAGACCUAGUAAGGAAACGUUUACUUUACGCAAUUGUGUUUGAGCCAGUACCAAAGCUGAAAGUAAAUUGUCAUCACCAACAAGAUGACCAAUUUGGAGAAACAACAUGAGUUGGUUAAGAAAAGUUUAGUGCAAUUUGUCAGUGCCCAUAUACCGGGUGCCGACUUUAGUGUCGUUGAUGAAAUUGUACUCUCCUAUAUAAUAUCGAUUUUGGAAGAAGCCUCACAAGAUCCCUGCUUUGAUGUUGAGGGUUUUGUCGAAAUGAUGAGUGCAUAUUUUGAGGAUUUUUCAUCCAUUGAUCAGGGUGUCAUAUGCGAUUGGAUUUAUAAAUUGGCCAAUGAAUUGAUUGAGCUGCAAAAGAAUCAAGAUAAUCAUCAUCAGCAGGCAGCUAAUCUGUCAUUUAAUUCACUUUCUUUGUCGGAUAUUAUACCCGAAUCGAAAUUACGUGCUCGUAAUUAUUCAUCCUCUUCGGAAAAGGAUGAGUUUCCAUUGAAUGAAAAUGAUAGCUACAAUGUGACAAACAAUGGCUAUAACUUUGAUUUGAUUUAUUGUGAAGAGGCGAAAAUUCUACAGGAAAUGUUUCCGGACUCACCAUCCGUUGAGAUAAAAUAUUGUGUUGCUAUAGCAAAGGGCGAUAUCGAUAGUGCUACUCAGACAUUGUUGCAUCGCCAAGAAACUGGCCAGAGUUUGUCUGAGAAACCAAAUAAUGCCAUAGCUGGUCGUAAGAAUGUUGUUGUUAAUGAUACUGAAUUAAAAAAUCGUAUUAUAGCCAGAUAUUCGUAUGUUGAUAAAGAUGCUAAUAAAAAGGAAUAUAAGCCGAUGGUGCCAAAAGUCGAACCGAAAAAGCUUGUACGCUAUAGAGAUAAUAAAAUUGUCUCCUUAAAAGGCGAACGUUAUACAGAAGUAAAACGCGACGAAGAAGCUGAGUUAAAAAAACCCAAAAAGCCAAUUCAACCGUAACUAAAGUUGAAGAAAAUCUACUAUAAAUAUUUUAUUAAAAAGUUAAAGCUCAACUUAUAUAACAAAUACAACAACAGUAAUAUUCAUAAUUAUUAUAAUAAUAUAAAAACAAACAUAUAUAAGGACGAUGUUUUAAAGGCAGCAACAGCAGCAGCAGCUGAUGAUGAUGAUGAUGAUAAAGAAGCUGAAAUAAUUGAAAAUAAGGAAGACAUUAACGUUAAAAAAUUAACGUUUAAAUUUGAAAAGAAAACCGUAAAUAUAAAAAAUGAAAUGAUAAAAUAUCAUUUAAAUUUAAGUAACUUUAAAAGUAUUAUUAUAAAAAAGCAACUACAACAAUUUUAUGUAUCCUCCUCCACUAUUAACACACCCACUUAUAUAACUACUAAAACAAAUACUAUUACUUCUACUAUCACAACUAACAAUUUAAAUAUUCUCCUAAAUAUUUAUAAAGCACAUUUAAUAUUAGUAGCAUCAUUAACAACUCCCACACCGCAAACAAAGACACAAACGCAAACACUUCUUGGUGAUAACAUUGUAAAAAUGUUAUACAACAAAUUACACAACACAACAAAUGCACUUUUGAUGAUAAUGAUGAAAAUAUUUACAACUAGUGGCCAUUCUAAAAAAGAUGAAAAGUUUUACAACAGCAACAAACCAAAACGAAUUAUUAAAGAUUUUAGGCUUCCAUUUGCCACUAAUAUUAUAAACAAAACCAACACCACCAUCACAACAACUAAUAUUUAUAAAACAUUAAUUUUAUUAAAAGCAUUAUUGACACCAUUAUUAGUAAUAACCAAUGAACCUUUACCAAAGUUUUUACAAAUGUCAUUAAAAAUUAAACGAGAUUCCAAUACCGUUGUUGUCAUGUUACUAAAGUCGUACAACAACAGCCGCAGCAACAACAACAACAAUAGUAGUGUUGAUAACUUUUUAAAGUUUGUAAUCAUUAUUAUUGUUAUUAUUAUUAGUAUAAUUGAUUUAAUUGUUUAUUUAAUUAAACAUUUAUUAUUUUUC